GUAGACAUCGGCCGUGGCACUUCUCUGUUUUGCUCGUCUUCACGGAUUUUUUAGUUCCAGAUUGUACAAUGGACUCGGGAGGCAGCAUUCACACGCGGCGGGCCAACCGAGCCGCCUCGCAAGGCAGCAGCAGCAGAUCCUCGGCACAUGUGCGUAGCAACGGCAGCAGCAACGGUGCUGUUGCCAACGGUGCUCUCAGUAGGAGAGAGGUGCUGCCUCCAGCAUCACGUAGCAGUGCGCGGACGGGUACUUGGCCCGAUGGCGGUCCAGCGGAGGACGACACCGUCGGCCGAGCGUUACCCACCAAGGCAGCAUCGAGUCCGUACGAUUACCGAUCGGACGACGAGGAUGUGCUGAACAGUCGCAUAGGUAUCUAUGGGUGGCGAAAGCGAUGUCUGUACCUGUACGAGGUAUGCGUGGUCAUUCUGGCCGUCGUCAAUCUCGCGCUGCUGGCAUGGAUAACACAGAUCAUGGACUUCAGUGUGGAGGGCAUGGGCAACUUGCGUAUCCACAGUGAUCGUGUGACAGUUCAGGGCCGCAGCGAGUUCGUCGGCGGACUAUUUGCUAAAUCGAUAACGUCUGAGCCGAACGAGGCUCUUCGUCUUCUGAGUGCGAAUGGAAUCAACAUCACGGCCGGACGCACCUAUUUCCUCAUGGGCAGCAAGAGCAUAGAAGCUCAGGCCGAUCGUCUCGAGAUCAGGGACAGCAACGGAACGGCCUACUUCGUCGUCACGCCGACACACCUCACGACCUCCGUGGAAAGCAUUGUUCUGAACAGCUCACGAGGAGCGUCUUUUCAGGAGUUUGUGCAGACAAAGCAGUUGAGAGGAGAACCCGGCGGCAGCCUAAAGGUUCUGUCGCCAUCCGGCGAAAUGACUCUGCUGAGCGGCGGAGCACUUAACAUGCAGGCCAGUGGCUCUGGGAUUGCCGUUACAUCUCCAAACCGGAUAACCUUGAGCGCUGGCAAUGGAGGGAUCUCACUGGACUCUGGCAGUCUGCUACUGCCCAAGCUUCCCAUAGUCACCAGGUCCCUGGUCAACAGUCCCGGCGAUGCGUUCUCGCCGGCUGCAAACGUGUACGAGGUGUGCGUGUGUGCCAACUCCGGCAUGCUGUACCUUGCAUCACCGAGUGCUUCGCUGACGGGGGCCAACUCGUCACUCGGGCCAUGCUAUGCCACUGCUGGCAUCUGCUAAUGUACUGCUCGCCCACCGAUGAUGAUGAUCGGAUAAUGAUGAUCGGAUGAUGAUGUGAUGGAGUUUACUUCAUAUUUCCAUGAUACGCCCAUCCCAGGUACAUGCCACUGUAGUGUUAGUAAGUGCAACUAAGAAGGUCACCGGUGACAGCAACUCGCCACUCGGGCCAUGCUAUGCCACUGCUGGUAUUUGCUAAUGUACUGGUCACCCACCGCUGCUGCUGCUGCUGCUGCUUAUGAUGAUGUGGUGGAGUUGACUCCAUACGGACCAUAGUUCUGUGACGACUAUCCCAGAUACACACUGCUGCUAGUAACUGUAGCUAUGAACAUCACCAGUGAUGAUGUAGUCAUGACCGUCUUCUCAGGUAAUGUCACUGCUCCUCCCUGCUAGUGUAUAGGUCACCGCCGAUGCAAUGGAGCCCAGUUCACCAUAGUGCUGUGAUUACAGUCCCAUGGCCAAGUAAUGCCACCGCGCUAUAGAUGUAUAUAAGUAUAACAGCUGACUGCAGUCUGCAUGUGGCUGGAAGUCUCGAACAUUGGCAGUCCUGCUGAUGAUCAUUCAGGCUGAACCGUUCCUGCUUGGCGAUGCCGGUCUCAUUCAAUGCAAUGCAGCGUAAGAUGGCACGCAAAGUGAUAGCAACAUAGGACACACACUUCCAUUCAUUGCAUGCACGGCGAAUAGUUUCGAAUUAGUUGAGUGUAUCCCACUUGAAUAAUUAUGCGUCUAGACUUGAGAGCCAAUCAUAUCCAUUCCUUGAUCGCCGCACCAAAACCUGCUAUACCCCAGCUCAGUGCUUGCUGAUGCCGUAGAGUGAUGCUACUGUACACUGACAGUCUGUACAGUGUCACAUGACUGUUGACCCUACUUGGCAGUUGUACCUGUACAGGGAAAUCCCCCACUAAGCCACUGAGUAAGUGGUGUGGAGGUGCAGGAAUCUGAAGACUCUGAACAAUCGCAGUAUCCUUUGUACUCGGACGCGGUUAGCCAUCACAGAUAGACUUGUCCUUGUAGAGGUGCAUGAAUCUGAAAACUCUGAAUAAUCGCAGUAUCCUUUUGUACUCGGACGCGGUUAGCCAUCGUAGAUAGACUUGUCCUUUCUCUUAUCUUACUACAAGUGCUAUAAUAUUCUUGUUUGUGACACUAUCAUUAACAGCUGCAUGGAUGUGCUGCACAUUAUGACAGUGUUGACAUAGCCAUGUACUCAAGUACAUGGACAUGAGUUUAUAAUAAUUAUUAUUAUUAUUUGCUUCUUUCUUA